AUCGUUAAAGUGGCAGGUUGAAUUGAUUUGCGAGAGUGCGUGCGAAGACUUUAAAUACGAAAAUUAAUAGUGAAAUAUAGUUAAGAAAUUGUUAAAUUCAAUAAAAAGAAAUUAAUACAGAACAAAGGUUCUUCAUACAAAUAUUUACAACUUUUCCGAAAGUAGUUGUUUAAUAAAAGUGGUGUUGCGCAACUCCACUGUCCAUGCUGUGUUGAUACUGUUACUUACGUCCAACGUGUUGCGGUUAUAAUUUUAAUUAAUAAUUCUUUUCUAUUAAAAUGAAAAAACGUUUAAGUAAUCGCGAUUUACAAGAAGAUUCGCCGAAUAAUGAAAGAAGUGUAAAUGUGGGUGUAACCACAAACAUAAAAUCUGGUGCGGCAAGUGCGCCAACCACUCCCACCAAAUCGCGCUCCCAGACAAAAAACAUGAGCUUAGAUAAAAUGGCAGAAACUUUUAUUAUCGUAAACGAACGUCCUGUAGAUGAUAUAUCAUUAGAUUUCUUCUACAAGCCACAUACGAUUACAUUAUUAGCCGUUUCAAUUUUAGCUGUCAUGUAUUUCGCCUUUAUAAGGGACGAAGGAAAUUUCGAGGAUAAUAUAUGGGCGGGCAUGCUAUGCGUUGUGUUCUUCUUUUUAAUUAUUUCGGUUCUGGCGUUUCCUAAUGGUCCAUUUACGCGACCGCAUCCUGCCGUAUGGCGAAUACUAUUUGGUUGUUCUGUACUUUAUUUAUUGGCGUUGCAGUUUUUUAUGUUCCAAAACCACAAAACUAUAAUGAAUAUUUUCUACUGGUUGGAUCCUAAAUUAAAAGAUUUCCACAUAAAUAUGGAUAAGGAAUAUGGCGUUAAUUGCUCGGAUAUUUCAUUUGAACGAAUAAAAGGUCAUUUAGAUGUUUUCGCUUGGGGUCAUUUUUUGGGUUGGGCAUUCAAAGCAGUACUUAUACGUCACAUGGGCGUAUUGUGGGCCAUAUCAGUAAUGUGGGAAAUAACAGAAAUUGCCUUUGCACAUUUAUUGCCCAACUUUGUUGAAUGCUGGUGGGAUGCAUUGAUUCUGGAUGUGUUGCUUUGCAAUGGCUUUGGUAUAUGGGUCGGCUUGAAGAUAUGCAAAAUGCUUGAAAUGCGAGAAUAUAAAUGGGCAAGCAUCAAGGACAUAUCAUCGACAAGUGGCAAGAUAAAACGAGCAGUUUUACAGUUCACACCAGAAAGUUGGACAUCAAUUCGUUGGUUGGACCCACAUUCAACAGCUAUGCGAUUUGCCGCAGUUUGCCAGUUAGUCAUCUUUUGGCAGGUCACUGAAUUAAACACAUUUUUUUUGAAACACAUAUUUGAAAUGCCACCAGAUCAUUAUAUCGUUAUUGUCCGCUUAAUAUUUAUUGGUUUGUUUGUCGCACCAUCAGUAAGGCAAUAUUACACAUACGUUACAGAUUCAAGGUGUAAGCGCGUUGGUACACAAUGUUGGGUUUAUGGUGCCAUUAUGGUUUCCGAAGCAAUACUUUGCAUUAAAAACGGCAAAGAAUUAUUCGAACGCACGCAAGCUGUUAACAUAGUCCUUUGGCUUACAAUACAAGUUGUUAUAUCUGUGGCAUUUGUUUAUGGUUGCGUGUUAUGGCAGCGCAUGCAAGAAAAACGUAAGAUGAGUGCAUCACAUUCUAACUCACCAGUUAAGGAACAAGAAAACAUAGAAGUAAAAGGAUCAGGGCAACUAAAAGGAAAAAUUUCACCAAAAAAAUCUCCAAAACAUGACGUGAAGAAGAUUGAUUAAACCUAAAUUAAGUAGAAAUUUAAUCGAAACUAUAAAGCGAUAACCACACGUACUGAAUAAAUUUAACUUAAAACUUUUAAUAAGUUUAAUAACAAAAAAAAAGACAAAUGUGAACAGUUUAAAGUCCAACGGCUUAAGUUAAAUCGUUCGUUCUAUACUAAAUAUUUCGAUUUUU